AUGAUUUGUCCCCAUAUAUUUGGUAUUGUUGCUCUGCUCAAAGCCAUCCAUCCCGGAUGGAGCCAUGCUGCGAUUAAGUCUGCCUUGGUUACCACAGCCUCUGUGAAGUAUGGAUAUGAUCAAUGUGCUGCUGCCGAGGGAGCUCCACACAAGAAGGCCGACCCAUUUGAUUAUGGUGGUGGUUAUGUAGAUCCUAACAAAGCCAUAGACCCUGGUCUCAUAUACAACAUGAACAUCGAAAAUUACGCCCUCUUCCUUUGUUCCAUGGACUACAAUGAAACUGCCAUUAGCUGA